UGAUCAACGAGGUUUGUCUGCUGAUCUCGAUUUCUUUGGCAACUAUGGGAAAUGUACACGAGCUGCGUCAUGUCCUUUUAAUAUUGGCACUGUCUGUGGGUCGUAUAUAUAUGGAGGACGACAUUGUUGAGUUAGAUAUAAAGUUAACUGAAGCUCAGAAAGCUGCAAGGGAAGGUGUGCAAACUAGAAAAGCAGUUUCUGAUGUAACAUUAUAUUGGCCUAAUGGUAUUAUUCCUUAUGAGAUAUCGGCAUCAAGCGAACCCGACCGUGCUGUGAUUUUAAGUGCAUUACAUUAUUGGGAAAGUGUAUCAUGCCUUCAAUUCCCCCCUUACAGCGCGGCUGCAGGACACACAUCAAGAAUCGAAUUCACAAACAAACCAGGAGAAGGCUGCUGGUCAUGGGUCGGUAUCGCGAACCCUGGUGGACCACAGGAAAUAUCAAUUGGAAAUGGUUGCGCAACUAGAGGCAUAGUAGCACACGAGAUUGCCCACGCGUUUGGUUUCUGGCACGAGCAAAGUAGAAGCGAUAGGAAUGAUCAUGUAAUUGUUCAUGUCGCGAACAUCGAAGCCGGGCAAGAAGAUCAAUUUAAAGUACAAAACACAGACUGGCAUGGUGUGCCUUAUGAUGUGGGUUCUAUUAUGCAUUAUGGGAAAUAUGAUUUCAGCAAAAAUGGUUUAGCUACAAUCACUGCGAAAAACCCAGCUGAUGAAGCCAAAAUGGGUCAGCGUGAUUACCUGAGUGCAGCCGAUAUUGAACUUGCUAAUAUAAUUUAUAAUUGCCCAGCGGAAGAAGUUCUAUAUGGCGUUGGACUAGAUCUUCAACUUUACAGCAGGAACGCAAUUCAUGGCACAUGGUCUGGUCCAGCACCGAACAGCUGUUGCGUGAUCGCGAUAACCGUUCUACAGGAUGGCACUAUCCUAGGCGUGGGUUUAAACCUGCUGUUGUACACCAAGUCUGCUCUUGAUGCAAAUUGGCUAGGUCCUAUAGCGAACAGUGGUUUUGUAUUGGACGUCACACAGAUGCAUGAUGGGACAAUUGUUGGUGUCGGUCUCAACUUCCUUUUAUAUACUCGCUCUGCUGUCGAAGGUACGUGGGCAGGGCCAGUUCCGUGGAGUGGACUCGUGAAAUCCGUAUCGGUGCUACCAGAUGGAAGUUUAUUGGGUGUUGGAUUGGGUGGGCAAUUGUGGUCAAGGGCAGGUUUAACCGGAACCUGGGCACUUGUGAAUUUGAAUGGUUUUGUUGGUGAUAUAUCAGUCAGCAAGACUGGUGCGGUCGUAGGUAUCGGAAUCACUUGUGGUUUGUGGGAAAGACCUGCCUAUACGUCGUAUUGGCAAGGAGAAAUUUCAGACAGCCGAUGUGUUAUUUCUGUAUCGUUUGGAGAGAAAGUGAUCGAAAAAGAAGUCACGAAACAGAUUGGUAAAGUAUAUGGAGUCGGUGUUAAUCUUCAACUCUACACUAGAGACAAUGUCGAGGGCACAUGGUCUGGUCCAGCACCGCUCAGUUGCUGUGUGAUUUCCAUGACUGUUCUGCAGGAUGGCACUAUCGUAGGCGUGGGCGCAAAUCUGAUGUUGUACACCAAGGCAACUAUAGAUGCACCUUGGGUGGGCCCUGUAGGGUACAGUGGUUUCGUGUUGGACGUAACGCAAAUGCCUGAUGGUACGCUCGUUGGUGUUGGUCUCAACCUCCUAUUAUAUACUCGUCCGGGUGUCGAGGGUGUAUGGUCUGGCCCCGUUCCGUACAGUGGAUUCGUGAAAUCCAUAUCCGUGCUGCCGGAUGGAGGUUUAUUAGGUGUUGGUUUGGGUGGUCAUUUAUGGAGUAGACCUGGCAUCCAGGGAGUAUGGACAAACGUCGAUUAUAAUGGUAUUGUGUCUGAGGUAUCUGUGAGCAAAGGCGGGGAAGUCAUUGGUGUUGGAAUUACAUGUGGUCUGUGGGAAAGAGAAACGUACACAUCAUAUUGGAAAGGUGAAGUUGCUAACAGCCGUUGUAUGAUUUCUGUAUCGUUUGAAGAAUAAUUACGGAGUGCUACCAAAACAGUGACUGAUUGAUGAUCACGAAACUGCAGAGAUUAUAUCGAUACCACUGUCUUAGUUAUUACGAAAUAAAUCUGAAGAUGCAGUCAUACACUUAUGAUGAUCUACUAACCGUUAUAAUUAUAGUUAUGAAUAACAACCAUUUCCGUAGUUGAAUAUGCAAGGAACACAUAAUAAAGUACAUAGAGCAUCAUUUAUGUGUGAAAA